AUUUUGUAUCAAUUUGGAAUGGAUUAUUUCUCUUCUACAGUCUUUCUAAGAUUAAGAACUAAAGAUACAGUAAGUCAAUUUAGGGCUGCUUUUGCCAGUAUGAAUUGUCUCCCAAUGAAUAGACUUUAGCUGUCAGGAUUUUUAAGCAGUAUGAACAAAUAGCCAGGAUCAGAUUAUCCUACUUUGGACACCUAGAAAAACCUAUCUUUCUGAAUAAAGCUCUAAUGCUGGGAAAGGUGGAAAGAGAAGAGGAUGACCAGCAGUCAAGCGAAUGAACUCGGUUAUGGUGGCAAUGUGUGAAAAUGUGAAGCCCUAAAGGAAUGGGUUAGGUACAAAUUAAGAGAUCUGUCGUGGAGAAAAUGUAUAUACCCUGUUUCCCCCAAAAUAAGACAUCCCCUGAUAAUAAGCGCUUAUUUCAGGGUUCAAAAAAAUAUAAGACGGGCUUAUUUUUGGGGAAACACGGUAGUUGAUAAGAGUUCACACCAAUUUGGUCAUAAAUUAAUAGGCUUUGCUGAGAAUUCUGGAAUUCUGAAACCAUAUACAUAAAGAACUUCAGGUUGUGGAGGAUUGUUUUCAAUUACUGGCAAUAGUCCAUGUAACAAUGUGAUUUCUGCAAUCAAAAACAAAUGAAAAUCUGUAUUUGAUGCAGCAUAUUUGGCAUUUAUUGUGAGCUUGCUACCCUUUGGAGAAACUGGGUAAAGAAUGAGGAAAGAAAGUACAACUAUUUUUUAUAAAACACUGAAAAUCUUUUUGCUGAAAAAGGAUAAAAAUGAACUGAUUUUGGGAUUUGUUUAAAAGGUUUGUUUAUGGAAAGAAGGGAACUGAUGUGCAAUAUGAGAGGGUGAAGAAGAUGGUAAUUGCUUAACUGCUGCAAAGUAGAUCAGAAUUUGCUGCUUUUAUAUUUUCUUGGGGUGGGGUUUGUUCUUUACUUUUAAUUUUCUUUUAUAAUAAUUUUAUAUUUCUAUGUGUCUGUAGUUUGCUUAACUGCUGCAAAGUAGAUCAGAAUUUGCUGCUUUUAUGUUUUUUUUGGGGGGGGGUUCUUUACUUUUAAUUUUCUUUUAUAAUAUUUUUAUAUUUCUAUGUGUAGUUUUUAAAAACAUUGUACAAUCUUCUUUUAAUAAAAUUAUUUAUACAAAAUAGAGAAAGGAUGAGAAAGCUGGGUCUGUCCAGAAUUAUUCAUUUGCCACACUGAGGUCCCAGACAAGGGCCAAUUGUUAAAAGAUGAACGAAUUGUAAAAAAGAUCCAGACCAACUCAUAAAACAGAAUCUUUACGGAUUAACAAACACCGGUGUAGAAUAAUUCUCAUAAUCUGCUUCCCUUCAAUGAUUUUCGUAAUUACCGGGAGCAGCAGAACCUGGGAGAAACGUACAUCGGAGUAAACAGGCUCUUCCUAAACAAUACCAGACGGAAAUCAGGAAAAGGAAAACCCGGUUAGGGAGCGCGCAUCAGACUCUCCGUGGGGAGACACGAAAAAAGGACGGCAGGAGCGAGAGCUGGGGACAGAGCGAGAAAAACGCAGCUCCAUUUUAAGUUAUAAACAGUUCAGAUGGACUUGGAGGUUAAAGGAAUUGCUGCAUCUCCAAAAAGACAAGUUUUACUGACCUCUCAGGGUUGGAGACCAAACACAAGAUUAAGCCAUGGUCCUCGACCAGCAGAGGUGCCAUGUCUUGACUUGGGAAAGUUGGGUGAUUCAGAAGAUGAGGAUGGAGAUAAUGGCUCACUGUACAAUGCUGUGAGACCUCACACUGUCCCUCCAAGUCUGUCUUCAUCUUUUAGGAGGGGCACUCAAUUACAAAGUACUCAUGCACAAUAUCAUAACAUAGAACAGAUAGCAAGGAGACCUGACAUGAAGAAAAUUGAGCUUUCUUCAAAGGAGCAAAAAACAAUACCAGAAAAUCUGCCACUCCCAACAGACAUAUACAAGCUGAAGUAUCAGCAAUAUGAAACAGAAAUGAAAGAGGGUUAUAAGCAGUAUUCUCAGAGAGCUUCAGAAAAGAAAAUAAAUAAUAAUCUGUUUCAUGAACUUCCAGGCAAGAUAGCUGAAAAAAAGGAUUUACAACCAGAAAAACAAAGACUGGAUGAAUUCACAGUUCUUGAUGAAAAAGCCCUUUUACAGCAAGGUUAUACAAACAAACCAUAUACUAUGCAGCAUAGUAUAAGAAAAUUUGAUGUUGAAGAAGUAGCAGCAGAAAGGAAAAAACAAGCUGUGGUAGAACAAGUGAUGUUAGAUCAAUUGUGUAGAGCUGUGAUAAGUGAUCCAGAGCAAAAUGGAAAUUCAGAUAUUUAUAAAAUGGCUCCUAUUCUUCCUGGAUUAAGAACAGCACCUCUGCGCUUUAGAAAAAGAACAUUACAUGAAACAAAAAUUAAGACUAGGUCAGCACUGACGGAAAAUAUGCUUUCUAACAAAUUACGGUUUGAUGGCAGAUUAAUAUUAAGAAAUGGACGUGAUGCUUGUCGAGAACUGAUUGGAUUUUACUUUACUUGUGACAAAUCUUUAACUAUUUAUGAAUAUCGAAAGUUUGGUAAAAAUAGGACAAAUGCUCUACCAUUCAUUCUGAAGGGUGUUUAUAUGCAUCAGCGUGGACCGAAGAAAGGAAAACCAUACUGUCUUAAUGAUUUCUUUGUUGGGGCAGACCUAACUUUUUUGAGCCUUCAGCAUCCUGGCCUUCCUGAAAGUGUUAAGCAGAAACCAUUGUUUACAAUCCGUGUCACAAAUAUUGAUGAAAUGGCUAGAACUUUUCUAAAGACCUAUAAUGUGGAAAAUGAGGAAAAUCCUAUUGAAGAUGAUCGGAAGAAAACUUUGAGGAAUAUUCAAGAUAAUUUGAGAACAAAAUUAAGUAAAAGAGGAGUUCGUAUUAUUUCAGGACUAGGAAAAUAUUUCCGUGAACUGGACAAGAAGCAAAAUGGAAAUAUUACAAAAGCAGACUACAGGCAAGCACUAAAAGUAUUUCAUUUAGAAGUGACUGAAGAGGAAUUUGAAUCUUUAUGGUUAGUUCUACAUGAUGACAAUAAUGGUGAACUUGAUUACACUGAAUUUACUCAUGCUAUUCUUGGAGAAAUGAAUGAAUACAGAAAAGCAUUUGUUAGGAAAGCUUAUAUGAAGCUGGAUUACAAUAAGAUUGGCAGGGUCCCUAUGGUAGAUAUCAAGAAAUGUUAUUGUGCUAGAAAACAUCCUCAGGUUAUAGCAGGUAAUGCAACAGAGGAAGAAAUUAAAUCUUCAUUUCUCGAAACACUGGAGGAUGCCUGCAGCAAUCCCAGUGAAGUUUCCUUUGGUGAAUUUGAGGAUUAUUAUGAAGGAUUAAGUAUUGACAUUCUGGAUGAUGAAGAUUUUAUUAACAUAUUAAGGAAUCCCUGGGGAAUUUAGAAGUGAAAAAUAUAAUGUAAAAAUUAGGAAUAGAGACUCUGAACAUUGUUAACUUUCUAAAUAGCUUUAAUAAAUUGGUGUUCGUAAUCUGAAGAUACAGUAAUGUUUAAAGCAUGGCUUGUUUCUCUUCCUGCAACAUUAAAAUAGUAUUUUUUUUUUUUUUUUUAUCAAAUUGCCUCAGACCAUAUCCCAUGUAAUACAAUAAUAUGUUUAAUCAAUGAAUUGUGAAACUGGGUAAAAGAAUAUAUAUAUACAAGAUAGAACUAUAAUGUUGUGCUAUGUUAAAAUAAUUGUAUCACAAGUCAUAUAUGAAGGCCCUUUAUUAAAAUGAAUUUUUUUAUUUUGGUUGUCUUGUUAGUGACUAUUUUAAUCCCAUAAUAUAUAAGCAUAGUUUAGGUUGAUUCUAUCUGUCCAGAUAGAACAGCAUGUUUAAGUGACCCUAACCCUAACCCAAAGAUAUAUUUUGUUUUAGUUAAUUUAGUGCAGUCAGAUAGUACAGAAAGUCCUUUAUGAAUAUAUUCUUAGAACUUUUUAAAAGCCUAUGUAUGUACAUAGAAACAAAACUGUCUCUUUGUGUACUUUGUAAUUCACUAAUUCCACUGUUUAUAUGUGUGGGGUUUUUACUUAAAAUAUAAUAUAAUGUGCUUUUUAAAUUCAUUUAAAUACUGUAUCUAGAUUUUUAGUAUUUGAUUUUAAAAUUUAAAAUUUGAUUUUAAUAUUCCUUCAGUAUGUUAUAAUUCAAUUCUACGAUUAUCAUAAUAUGUUAACUUUGCUCAAACGUAUUCAAUUUAAAUAACAGUUUAAUUGAUCUUAACUAAUUUGUUGCCAGAACCUUUUCGGAACCAAAAAAUAGAUUUAUCCUCUGUUAAAUCCUGGACAUGCAGAUGUGAAUUUUCAGAGAUCUAUCGUUUAGAAUACCAUUAAUCAGUCAUAUAUAAUCUAUGUGAUUCAGACGUCCUCAAGGCCACAUAACAGUAGUAUUUGUGUUCACCUCCAAGUCUUGAGAGCUUGAACUUGGGAGGUUGGGAGGGGGAAAAAAAUCAUGCUAUUUUAAAACCAUUUCAUGAAGUCAGCCAAAAUAUAUUCUCUGUAGGCUAAGAUAUUUUUAAAAAGCUCAUUCAAGCCACAGGAGAAAGUCUCAAAAACAGACAAAUGCUGCUGGAGUUGUGUGAAAGCUAUGUUCAGUUUGUCUGCAGAAGAUUUAAAGUUCCACCUGAGGGGGGAAAGUGGAGCCUUUCUAUAUAUACACUCAUCAAGAUGCAUGUAGGGAUUGAAUGGAACUCAGGAGUCUGAGCAAGGAUUACUGUUUCAAACUUUAUUGAUUCAUCCAUUCCACUGGAAAACAAUGCUUUUCUACUAACAAAAGAUGAAGGGAAAUAGGCCUAUGUCGAGAGGCUAAAUUACUGAGUGACAGGAUUGAGGAUUCUUCUGAUGUAAUUUUCUAAUUGACCAGAUUAGAUAGCUGCCAAGAAGGUACAUAAGGAACAACAGAGGAGAAGACCCGCAGCGGGAGGUUUCAACACAAUCAAUACUUAUGGAAAUAGCGCCUAGUAGUACUCUUGGCAGCCUACUUCAGGGUACAGUAUGCUUUCAGCGCCUGAUGAUGAGAAUAACAGAAUAUGACUUUACCUUUUAUUUAGCUAAAUUUAAUGUGAUAAUUUUUCAGAAGACCUGGAUGCAAGAAGUAACUAAUCUUAAUGGAUUUUAUUAGACCUCCCUGACAAAAGGAAGUCAAGGCAGAAGAUACAAUAGUGAGGGGCUCAGAAUAUUUAUUUCUACCAAAUUCUAAGUUUUGGAAAUUAACCCAUUGAAUUUUGCAAUAGCAGCAUUAAUAAAAUUCAGCCACUGCAAUCUUAUGGCACAUCACCCCCUCCCCCGAGAAUCUGUUUAAGAACUAAUCAUCAUUGAUAUGUCAGUAAUUUCAGUGUCAGAAGUGGGUGAGUAAUGCAAAGAAUUUCCACAAUGUCUUCCAUAUCUAGAAUCUUUCCACUUUCCUGCUUGCCAUUCUCAAUCUGCUGCUAUCUAACUAUGCUGAAUUGUAUUUAGUGCAGAUCUUCAGCAGGCUGAAUCUGAUUAUUUUAAAUGGUGUCACUAAAGGAGAUUAUCUUGAGGCAUUUAUUUGGGGAGAUGUACAUCUAUGACUACCCUGGGUUAUAGUGACUGGCACUUACAACUUUUUGUAAUUUGUAAAUAGUAGAAAACUGAUUGAAAGAUUACUACUAUCAUGAACUUCAAGCCUCCAUCAAACAGGGCAAGAAAUAUGUUUUUCAUCCUGCAGUAUAAACAGAUGUGAAACUGCUUCUUAUUUAAGGUAGUUAAUGCAAAUAUGGCAGAAAUGUUGAAUUUGAUGCAAAUUUUACAACUCGGAGCAUCUAUUGUAGAGACACUAAUUGAUUUAGAAUCCUCAAUUGGAGCAUUCCUUACUGGCUGAUUUCCAUUCAUAGAUAAUUAAGGACAGUGUUAAGUAUAAAAUACUCUGAAUGAUACAGUGCUAAUUGUGACUAAUCAUCAACUUGGAUAUUUCUAGAUUUUUUUUAAAUAGUACAAGUAUCUGAUUGCAAACUAAAAUAGUUAGCUAGAGAGCAGGGCUUGAUUUAUUUACUAACUUCAGCAAAGUUCAACAAUCCUCCCAUUUGAAAAAUGGUAUCUGCCUUUCUAUAUACUUCUACCUAUCCCAGUAGGAAAGUGGAAGGAGUUCAUCCACCUGGUAUAUGCAGGAAAUUUGAACUGAAUGGUCCUAGAAAGAUUUGGUCUUCUUCCAUCUUGGCCCCUAUGUUAAUAUCCAGGUUUCCAAACUGGAAGUCUGCUUAAGAGUUACCUUGAAGUAAGAUGGGUAGCCUAUAAAUUUUAUAAAUAAAAUAAAUAAGUUUGACAGUCUUGUUAUCUGCAAAGAUGAAUAAAAUUUAGACUGGUAAGCUCCAAUUUUGGCUUCAUAAUUCACAGGGAUAAACUAAAUCUGGAAAUUGCAAUGAUCAGAAAUUUAUUUAAAGCUAAUGAUCCCAACUUUACAUGACCAGAGACAAAAUUCUAUUUGGUAAUCUGCCACACGAUCCAGAAAUGGAACAGAAGAGAAGGAAAGCUAAGAAGAAGGGGAUGAAGAUGAUAGGGAUGUGGAGGAUAGUAUUUCAGCAUUUUACCAUGUAAAAUGUAAUCUAGUAUUCUGUUUUAGUAAUCUUCUGAACUAGUAAUUUUUAAAUUUUUCUAGUAUUUAAUGCUUCAUGCAUAUUGUACUCUGGCUUACUUUAUUUUAAUUUCUGUGUAGUACUUUAUCUUUUUUCAUAUUUCGGUCCAACUGUGCAAAGACUAUAUUAAAAAAUUGAUUGAUUAUGAAAACGCA